AGCUGCUUUAAAAUCAUGUAGCCCGCUUCGUUGAGAGACCGUCGUCUUCGUUUUUCUCAUUUCACUUCAUUUGGCGCAAGAGAAUGAAUUCAUAGCAGAGUCUUCUUUUGAGGAAGACAAGGAUAUAUUGACAAGGAUGGCGAGUGCGCCGGGAGUGGUCGUCCUUGGUGCUGCUGUAUCCACUGCAAACAUGUCUGGGUCUGGAAAGUUGUGAUGCAAGUCAGUGAAUAGCGAGCACGCUGUACUAAUGCGGCACCGCCAAGCAUGACAUAUUUUUAUUUUAUAUUUUUCCGAGGCUCUGUGUUGCAUAUUCCGCAUGAGGAACAGCGUUUUAUUUGCAUGACAAACGCGCAAGAGAGUUGGCCACACAAUACAACAAUGUUUAGUGCUUGUGCUAUGCCAGACUAGCAUGGGAGUUCUCGUCGCAUUCACUCCAGAUUAACCAGAGAUGUUUGCAAUGCAUAUGCUAGUUCCGCUGGUGGACCCCCUGCCGCGGCGGCAGCGCCGGGCACUCUGGCCACCAGCACGGGCGGCGCUCCUAUAACCCGCUCAGGUGUUACAAUCUCAUAACGUUACAACAGAGUCUGAGACUUGUCUUGCAUAAUGACAAUGAGCGUGACAGACUCGCAGAGCGUUCCAUUUUGUGCAAUACAAACUUGUUCGCCAGAUGAUUGUAGUGCGGUUUGGGACCACUUCGGAACUUGUCAUGCGCAAUCCUAGGAGAGUUGGCUAGAUAGUGCACCUAUUGCGUCACAGAUUUGCAUAUUCUAUUGUAAUGUUUGAGAUUGUACCACCUGAGUGGGUUAUAGCUCCCUUGCAGAGUUUCGAACUUUCGGAGGCUGAGCUUUCCCAUCUUGUCAACCUCGCACGGGUAUGAAUUGCAAAUAUGUCUGGGGCUGGAAUGAUGCAUUUCUGUAAUGCUAAGUGCGGAUCAUACCAAAAUAAAAUCUGUGUUGCAUGAGCGACAAACAAAGCUUUCUGCCUCCUGCGAUGCAAAGAGCAAGUUUCUCAUGCGGGAUAGGGGCAUCAAAAAGCCUGUGCGCAACCUGUGAUACUUUUGGGCGCAUAUGACGCCAUAAUUUGUGUGGUGCAGACGUUGCAUGACAAACAGGACCAUUCUCCCAGACCCAGACCUAUCUGCAGUGGAUAAAGGGACCAGGACGCAGCCUUCAAGGCCUUUCUUCGUGUAUCCUGUGCAAAAGUAUCGUACUCGUACUAAUUGCAAAUAUGCAUGACAAAUUCCUAGAGACAUAGAAUAUAUGGGCGAGACUAAUCCCUAUAGACAUAGACUAACUGCAAAUAUGCAUGACAUAGAAUAUAUGGGCGAGAGCCCUGCAAGACCGGGCGACGAAUGUAAGUCCAGACGGGAAAAACGCCAAAGAUACCCGCGCCUUCUGCUUAACUGUGUGAAUUAUUGUGUCGGCCCGGUCCUGUUUAGUCGCAGGUCGGUGUCCGUGAGAUCAGAACUCACAUGUUAAGUAACGCACGCCGGCUCCUAGCUUAGAAAAAAAAUGAUGAAUUUAUAUGCACUUAUCGCCCUACGGAGACUGUGAUCUGACCUCCCUCUACCUCAUCUGGUGGACGUCUGCCGCGGCUUACGGCUCUGGACGUUAACUAGGAUCGAGUGCGUUGUGCGGGUUUAGGGUUUUGAAACAUAAUUUUGUAUCUCCCACUGUUGCAUGCACCUGCUGCAAGAACUUGUCAUGCAAAACAACCUCCGGGUUGUUCCCGCGCUUCAGGAGUAGUUCUGUUGCGUGAGGGCGGCAGAAGAUGAAAAAAGGUGUUGGUUUAGGGGGUUGAAAAUGUUUGUGCAUGUGUAAUGCAAAAGAUGAAAAAGAUUCGCGCGUGGGAGCGCAUUUUUAAGCACAACGGGCGGGUGCCGUUCCCGCCGUCACACAAUCACAUACAAUACAAUAUGCGAAUGGGGCCCAAUCAAAAAAAAGAAUAUGCAUGACAAAUCUUCUUCCUAUGGUAAAACAGCAUGACAAAUUGCACUUCUCUUCGUGCCAAAAUUUGUAAUGCAAUUUAUACGUAGAAGUAGUACGAUACAAUACUUUUGCAAUGCAUAUCGCGCCGGUGGCGCAGAAAGCAGGUUUGCGCAAGAUGAGCUGGGACCAGCACAAGGUCAAGUAGACCUAGCGCGACCCAAUCGUCCCGUUAGAGACCAUAUCAAAUGCAACAAUGUCUGGGUCUGGAAAGUGGUAACUUGUGAUGCUGUCUAUGGAUUCCAAAAAAAUCUGUAUUGCAUGACUAGCAAAAGGAGUCCAGUUUGUGCUACACGGGGAGGGCAUUUCUCAUGCGGAAUAAGCAUCAGGAAGCCUUCUAAAGAUCUGGCACGCUAGGGCAUGCAUUACAGGCGUCAUUGGUCAUGCCAGACAAGCAUGACAAACCCGGUAACCUUACAGACCCAGACAUUUUUGCAUUUGAUAGACCUGAUGGGUGCGCGUGCGUCUUCGGCCGACCUGCAAGAAGAGGCUAGCUGCAGGAGUACUACUUCUACUAGAGCCAUCCAUCCUUCAUCCUCGAACACUCUGCCGCCGCAUUAUCCCAGCAAGAAAAAAAUGUCACAGUUGGUUCUACAUUGGUUGCAAGUUCAGCAACGCAGACUUUCUCUGUGUGACACCAGAGAAAUCUUCUUGGAUGAAUUAUGCAGCGAUCAAAAAUGAAGAGGAGUACACACGUACGUAUGACACUACUAGGCUCCUGAGCAACAUAAUUAAUUGAUUUCUCUGUCCUGCAUGACAGAUCUUGUUUAUCUUGGUUGGCCCGCAACACAAUGUGGAGUAACUGUUUACACUUUUUUCUUUGCAUACUCCUGCUUCAUCCUCCUCCGGUGGGAACAUCGUCGAUCAGCCUCCUUUAGGCAUUAUAAACAAAGCAUCGGACUUGAUGUACCCUACCAAUUGCGUUCAUGAAUGACAUCAGAUACUUAUGGCCUCCUUUUUGAUUUUUAGCAAGAUUAUUGUACAAAUUUCAUUUCUCAUCAACAUGGUAGGCGAAUUUGUGAUGCUGUUUCUGUUUGAACUUAGCACGAUGCUUUUGCGUUGCAUAUCUUUUCGGCGGGUACGCCUUGCAACUUCUCUAUUUGCGCUUCAAGGAGCACCAGAAGUGGUCGCAGCAGCAGGCGAGGGCGGGUAGUUGUGGCAGUAUUGGUACGAAAAGCAAGUUCGGGAAGACGUCGUCGAAAAGCAGCCUGCUGUCCACGCAGGAACUGUCCGCUGCUAGGAAAAGAUAUCCACUGCAAAUAUGUCUGCUGGGUGUGGAAGUGUGUACGUGUAGACAUUUGUCGUGCUGUUUUUGGAUCUGACAGAAGGUCUGGAAUGCACGCAUUACAUGAGAAGUUCUACUGCGGAGGCUUUCUCAUGCCCAGCCUGCAUGAGAAAAGACGUCUCCGGGAUAGUAUGUCUCUUUUGCAGACUAUGCAAGACAGAUUUUUCUGUGUUUCAAAAUCCGCAUAUAGAAGUUUACAUCCCUCCAGACCGAGACAUAUUUGCAAUGCAUAAAACGAGUGCCAGCACAACUUCGCCUGCUACCGCCGGUCGUCCCGGUCCGGAAAGCGAGGCGGAGGUGGACUCACCGGCAAUAUGACAGUGCACAACGCUGCUCCCUCGUCCCGCUCGUUUGUCAUGCAAAAUCCACCAACGUCCACAGUAAGUUGAAGUUCAUCUUGCCUUCACGGACUGUCUGCGGGACAGGUUCAUGAACUCUCGAAAUCGUGUCCUCUUCUCACUCCGGUGCGGUCGUGCAGAUUUGUCAUGCAGACGAGGCUCUCUGGCGGGACGUCCUGCCCGUAGAUCAUGCGGACGAGACCGCAUGACAUUCACCUUGACCGAUGCUUGUGUUGCUGCUGAUGCCCACCUUCAAAUGGGGGGGAGUGGGGACGAGGUCGUGCACUCUCAUACGCAAGCCGUGCCAGCUACGAAGGGGGAGCAGCCUCAAUAA